AAAAAACCACAGCCCUGUUUGCCAGAUAUGGGAGGAUCCAGAGCACCAGUGACGCCCCAGGAUCGUCCCCUGCCCUGGCCAGUGACCACUGUUAAACCAGGCAGGCAAGAGGCAGCCGUGGUGAGGCAAGCAGGAGGGAGAGCAGGACCAUGGCCGCCUACGUGCAGCUAAACACCACUGCCAAGAUGCCCCUCGUGGGGCUGGGCACCUGGAAGUCUGCGCCUGGGCAAGUGGCAGGUGCGGUGAUGGCUGCCAUCGAUGCUGGCUACCGCCACUUCGACUGUGCCUAUGUGUACCAGAACGAGAACGAAGUUGGGGAAGGGAUCCAGCAGAAAAUCAAGGAAGGAGCUGUGAAACGAGAAGACCUCUUUGUUGUCAGCAAACUGUGGUGCACCUUUCAUGAGAAGCCUCUGGUGAAGAAAGCAUGCCAGAAGACUCUUGCUGCCCUGAAGCUGGAUUACCUGGAUCUCUACCUCAUGCACUGGCCUUUUGGCUACAAGGCUGGAGAGGAUUUUUUUCCCAAAGAUGACCAAGGCAUGGCCAUACCCAGCAACACUGAUCUUCUGCAGACAUGGGAGGCCAUGGAAGAGCUGGUGGAUGCUGGCCUGGUAAAAGCCAUUGGAGUCUCCAACUUCAACCAUGAGCAGAUUGAAAGAAUCUUGAACAAGCCAGGACUGAAAUACAAACCUGCAAAUAACCAGAUUGAAUCUCAUCCAUACCUCACCCAGGAGAAGCUGAUCAAGUACUGCCAGUCCAAAGGGAUUGCUGUGACUGCAUACUGUCCCCUUGGCUCUCCUGACAGACCAUGGGCUAAGCCUGAGGAUCCUUCCCUUCUGGAUGACCCCAAGAUCAAAGAGAUUGCAGCCAAGCACAACAAAACCCCAGCACAGGUUCUCCUUCGCUUCCAGGUCCAGAGGAACGUGAUUGUGAUUCCCAAAUCUGUCACCCCACAGCGCAUUGUGGAGAACUUCCAGGUGUUUGACUUUGAACUGACUAAAGAGGAGAUGGCAACUAUUCUGACCUUCAACAGAAACUGGAGGAUCUGUGAAAUGAAAGUGUCCAAAAAUCUCAAGGAAUACCCUUUCUAUGCAGAGUACUGAAGGUGCCUGUAGCCUGGCCUUCACUAAAGCUCUGGUGUCUCAUUUACUUCUGCUCUAACUUUUUAUCAAGUCCUCAUACUGCAUCUGCCCUGGUGCUGCCAGUGAAGACACAGGAUCUUCAUGCCAUGAAAUUUGGUUUUUGUGGAAGAAGGAAAGGGUAUUUUCUCAGCACAAAAUUUUCCACAGCACCACCAUUCAAUGAUUGCCUUCGGUCUCGCAUCAGCAGAAACCAGAUGUCGACAAACCACAAAAACACAUCCUCACCACAGGUCCACGAUUUCAUCAGAGGCGUCUUAUAUUUAAAAUAAAAUUAACUUUAAAAUGCAGAAACGUUUUCUGUAGGAAAAACCCAAAAGCCUCCCACGCAGAGAUGCACAGAGGGGUGGGUUGCA